CUCACCCAUGGGAGAAGCUGAUCUGUGUGAGAUAGAUGUCACCGACAUGGCCAUACACGGUUUCACGCUGCUCAUCAGCCUCUGUGGGGUGGCCGGGAAUGCGGCUGUCUUCUGGUUCCUCGGCUUCCACAUCAAGAGGGACACCAUGAAACCCAUCACUGCCUACAUCCUUGACCUGGCCAUUAUCGACUUCCUCUUCCUCAUCUUCAUGGUCCCCUCUUCCCUGCUUUUCCUGCUGGAGGAUUUGUCCUGCUCUGCCAUCAUGCCCCCAGCAUACAUUAGCUUCCUUUUCCUCCUGUUCGUGUUGUUCUACAGCGUAGGGCUGUUCCGGCUGACGGCCAUCAGCAUCGAGAGGUGCAGGUCCAUCCUCUGCCCACGUGGGUACUUCUGCCACCUUCCCCAGGACCUGUCAUGGGUGGUGGUGAGUGCCCUGCUCUGGGCCCUGUCCAUCGCUGUCAUCGCUGCCAUUUCCGCAGUGACUUCCCUGUGCCAGUCACAGGAACGCGAGCACUGCCGGGGGGCUCUCAUCUCCCUGUACAUCCUCAGCUUCCUCGUCUUUGCUCCAUCCGUGGUCAUUUCCAGUGCAAUCCUCUUCAUCCAUUUCAAGGGUAGCUGCCAGCAGCAGCAACUCCAGAGGCUCGACAUCAUUGUCUUCCUCAUUAUGCUCCUCACUCUCCCCAUUAGUGUCUGGAAUUUCCUGCAGCAGCUCGGCUACACCACUGUGUCCUCCCAGGUCAUUCUCCUGUUCGCCUGCAUGCACAGCACCAUCAACCCCUUCAUCUACUUCUCUGUAACAAAGAGCUGGAGGCAGCGCUCCAUGAAGUCCCUCAGGAAAUCCCUCCAGAAGGUCUUCGAGGAGUCAGAAGAAAACACGGCCUGCAGCAGUGAUGACACCAUGGACAUGGGGGCCCUGAGCCCAUUGAACCCUUCAACUGCACCGAUGGAGGACCAAGGGGCAGUGGCUGAGGGAUUCCUUGAGCCACCAGAUCAAUAAAUAUCCACGGGAUCACCCUCCUGCACUGUAUUCCAGCAGGAGAAGG